AUGGCAAUCAGAGGAUGCAAACUUCACACUUCCUGCUCUACCACCACUGCUCUACUUGAUAACGGCAGCAGGAAUGCACCUGCUGCGAUUCUCGGUGAAGGUUUUUCAUUUCUUCCAUCCCCUUCCCUCCCCACCCCAUCCAUUAAUAUUAUUCUUUUGAAGAUUCUUCGUUGUCAAGCCGCCAAAGUGGAGAGUGCGAUUGCAGAAGGGGGUGCUUCUCGUUUCAGUGCUUCUUCGGGCGGAGGAGGAAGUAGGGGUGCACCUCAGCACUAUCCCAAGACUGCUGGCAACAGCGAGUUCCUGGGGAAAACCCCAGGGCAAAACGCUCAGAAAUGGAUUCCUGCACGAAGCACUAGACGAGAUGACAACUCCGCAGCAAACAACUCCGCAAAUGAAAAAGAACGACAUGAUGCAAUCUUCAGGAAAGUAAGAGGCAUACUAAAUAAGCUUACUCCUGAGAAGUUUGACAAGCUAUGCCUUGAGCUCCUCAAUGUGGGUGUAGAGUCUAAACUCAUCCUUAAAGGGGUCAUACUGCUGAUUGUGGACAAAGCCCUAGAAGAGCCAAAGUAUAGCUCACUGUAUGCUCAGCUAUGUCUGCGAUUGGCAGAAGAUGCACCAAACUUUGAUGGCCCAGCAGCAGAGGGUCAGCCAGGACAGAAGCAAAGCACAACAUUCAGACGCCUCCUAAUUUCCAAAUUACAAGAUGAAUUUGAAAACCGAACCAGAAAUGUUGAUGUUUAUGAUAAGCGUGAAAAUCCCCUCCUCCCCGAGGAGGAGGAACAGAGAGCCAUUGCCAAGAUCAAGAUGUUGGGGAACAUCAAAUUCAUUGGAGAACUUGGAAAGCUUGAUCUUAUUCAUGAAUCUAUCCUUCAUAAGUGCAUCAAAACACUUUUGGAAAAAAAGAAGAGAGUCCAACUCAAAGAUAUGGGAGAGGAUUUGGAGUGCCUCUGUCAGAUAAUGAGGACAGUGGGACCUAGGUUAGACCAUGAACGAGCCAAGUCCUUAAUGGAUCAGUACUUUGCCCGAAUGUGCUCCUUAAUGUUAAGUAAGGAAUUGCCAGCGAGGAUUCGUUUCCUGCUGCAGGAUACCGUAGAGUUGAGAGAACACCAUUGGGUUCCUCGCAAGGCUUUUCUUGACAAUGGACCAAAGACGAUCAAUCAAAUCCGUCAAGAUGCAGUAAAAGAUCUAGGAGUGUUUAUUCCUGCUCCUAUGGCUCAAGGGAUGAGAAGUGACUUCUUUCUGGAGGGACCGUUCAUGCCACCCAGGAUGAAAAUGGAUAGGGACCCACUUGGAGGACUUGCUGAUAUGUUUGGACAAAUGCCAGGUAGCGGAAUUGGUACUGGUCCAGGAGUUAUCCAGGAUAGAUUUUCACCCACCAUGGGGCGUCAUCGUUCAAAUCAACUCUUCAAUGGCCAUGGGGGACACAUCAUGCCUCCCACACAGUCGCAGUUUGGGGAGAUGGGAGGCAAGUUUAUGAAAAGCCAGGGGCUAAGCCAGCUCUACCAUAACCAGAGUCAGGGACUCUUAUCCCAGCUGCAAGGACAGUCGAAGGAUAUGCCACCUCGGUUUUCUAAGAAAGGACAGCUUAAUGCAGAUGAGAUUAGCCUGAGGCCUGCUCAGUCUUUCCUAAUGAAUAAAAAUCAAGUGCCAAAGCUUCAGCCCCAGAUAACUAUGAUUCCUCCUAGUGCACAACCACCACGCACUCAAACACCACCUCUGGGACAGACACCUCAGCUUGGUCUCAAAACUAAUCCACCACUUAUUCAGGAAAAGCCUGCCAAGACCAGUAAAAAGCCACCGCCAUCAAAGGAAGAACUGCUUAAAUUAACCGAAACUGUUGUAACCGAAUAUCUGAAUAGUGGAAAUGCAAACGAAGCUGUCAACGGUGUAAGAGAGAUGAGGGCUCCUAAACACUUUCUCCCCGAGAUGUUAAGCAAAGUAAUCAUCCUGUCACUAGACAGAAGUGAUGAAGAUAAAGAAAAAGCAAGUUCUUUGAUCAGUUUACUCAAACAGGAAGGGAUAGCCACAAGUGACAACUUCAUGCAGGCUUUCCUGAAUGUAUUGGACCAGUGCCCCAAACUGGAGGUUGACAUCCCCUUGGUGAAAUCAUAUUUAGCACAGUUUGCAGCUCGUGCUAUCAUUUCGGAGCUGGUGAGCAUUUCAGAACUAGCUCAACCACUGGAAAGUGGCACCCAUUUUCCUCUAUUCUUACUUUGUCUUCAGCAAUUAGCUAAAUUACAAGAUCGAGAAUGGUUAACAGAGCUUUUCCAACAAAGCAAGGUCAAUAUGCAGAAAAUGCUCCCAGAAAUUGAUCAGAAUAAGGACCGCAUGUUGGAGAUCUUGGAAGGAAAGGGACUGAGUUUCUUAUUCCCACUCCUCAAAUUGGAGAAGGAACUGUUAAAGCAAAUAAAGUUGGAUCCAUCUCCUCAAACCAUAUAUAAGUGGAUUAAAGAUAACAUCUCUCCCAAACUUCAUGUAGAUAAAGGAUUUGUGAACAUCUUAAUGACUAGCAUGUUACUCCGCUUUUUUGUUCACUUCUAUGACAUGGAGAUUAUUGAAGAAGAAGCUUUCUUGGCUUGGAAAGAAGAUAUAACCCAAGAGUUUCCAGGGAAAGGCAAGGCUUUGUUCCAGGUGAAUCAGUGGCUAACCUGGCUAGAAACUGCUGAAGAAGAAGAAUCAGAGGAAGAAGCUGACUAAAAGAACCAGCCAAAGCCUUAAAUUGUGCAAAACAUACUGUUGCUAUGAUGUAACUGCAUUUGACCUAACCACUGCGAAAAUUCAUUCCGCUGUAAUGUUUUCACAAUAUUUAAAGCAGAAGCGCGUCAGUUAGGAUUUCCUUCUGCAUAAGGUUUUUUUGUAGUGUAAUGUCUUAAUCAUAGUCUACCAUCAAAUAUUUUAGGAGUAUCUUUAAUGUUUAGAUAGUAUAUUAGCAGCAUGCAAUAAUUACAUCAUAAGUUCUCAAGCAGAGGCAGUCUAUUGCAAGGACCUUCUUUGCUGCCAGUUAUCAUAGGCUGUUUUAAGUUAGAAAACUGAAUAGCAACACUGAAUACUGUAGAAAUGCACUUUGCUCAGUAAUACUUGAGUUGUUGCAAUAUUUGAUUAUCCAUUUGGUUGUUACAGAAAAAUUCUUAACUGUAAUUGAUGGUUGUUGCCGUAAUAGUAUAUUGCCUGUAUUUCUACCUCUAGUAAUGGGCUUUAUGUGCUAGAUUUUAAUAUCCUUGAGCCUGGGCAAGUGCACAAGUCUUUUUAAAAGAAACAUGGUUUACUUGCACAAAACUGAUCAGUUUUGAGAGAUCGUAAAUGCCCUUGAAGUGGUCUUUGUGGGUGUGAAACAAAUGGUGAGAAUUUGAAUUGGUCCCUCUUAUUAUAGUAUUGAAAUUAAGUCUACUUAAUUUAUCAAGUCAUGUUCAUGCCCUGAUUUUAUAUACUUGUAUCUAUCAAUAAACAUUGUG